GCAGUGGAACGCGGUGCGAGGCCCGAGGGGUUGGCACACUGGUGGGUGUGGGAGACUGGGAGGGAUCAGCACCGGACCGGAGAACGCGAAGCGACCAGAGGGCGCCCGUGGCCCGCGGGCCGCCCCCAUUCCAUUCCUUCCAGUUCCAGAUCCCAUAAUUGCACGCGACACUACACCGCCCCCUUCCGCAAGUCAGAGGGACAUUGCAUUGGGGAACUACAGAAAAGGGUCCGAAUCGAAUCCGUGGUGCACUGCCCCUUCCUCCCCCACAAGCCGCCGCCGCCGCCGUGAGGACUCCGGCGAAUGGCGUCCCGCGUCGCCUCGGGCCUCCUCCGCCGCCGCGCCGGCGCCGUAAUGCCCUACCUCUCUUUUCUCUCUCCGAUGCAUGUACGUCUGCGGCUAGCUUUUGUUCCCCCUUUGUUGCGGGCAGCCAGCUGAUUUAGGGUUAGCGAGGUGGUCUGACGCAGCGGCCCUGUCCGAUGGCUGUGAUCCCCCUUGGAGGAGUUCGUCGCGGUCUGUGGCUGCGUCUGGAGAAUAAUCUGCUACCCUAGUGUUGAUCUGGAGAAUAAUCUGCUACCCUAGUGUUGGCUAGGGGGUUUGCGACCAGGGCAUUGAUACUUGAGAAUGGUCUGUACGUUGGUGCUUGGUGCACCAAGCUCGCCUCCUCUAGGAUAAUUGUUUGGUACGCCUUGCACAGAUUAGGCCUGUAUCAGCUUCUCUUUGCUAUUGCUGCCCAUUCCAUGUAAAUUUUUAUUGCAGUUUACUCACCAAGGAUUAUGAGGUAGGAACUCCAGAUGGAUGUCAAGUAAUGUUUAUCAGACAUUUAAAGGAGUCUAGGGACCUAAUUAGAAUUUGUCUGCUACCUUUUUCUGAUAUGAAGACUAUCGCACAUGAUUUUGUCAGCCAAUUCUAUUCCUUGUUGCUAUUCAACUGCUGAAUGUUUUCUAUCUAUCAAUUAAAUUAAGAGUAACUCGUGUUGCAUCCCAAUUCAAUCAUAAGAAGCAAGGAUGCAGUGGUUGAUGGAGAGUGGAGGAGUGGGACUGAGAUUUCGUGCAUGCUGGAUGGUCCAGAGGACACUAGGCCUCCUAAGGAGUUAUGCACAUGUCAGAAGCUACAACAGUCAACUUUCAGCUUUGGUUUCUGCUACAUCUGAAUGCUCAAAUCUGCCGAGAAGAUGCUAUUACUUACCUAAUCCCUCUCCAUACCAAGUUUGGAGUAGGUCAUUUGCUUCAGACAACGGAGACAAGUUUGAGGCUGUUGUGCCCUUCAUGGGUGAAUCUGUAACUGAUGGAACUCUUGCUAACUUCUUAAAGAAACCUGGAGACAGAGUCGAGGCUGAUGAACCUAUAGCGCAGAUUGAAACUGAUAAGGUCACUAUAGAUGUCGCAAGUCCUGAGGCUGGUGUUAUUGAAAAGCUCAUUGCUAGUGAAGGCGACACAGUUACUCCAGGCACUAAAGUUGCAAUCAUAUCCAAGUCUGCUCAACCUGCUGAAACACAUGUUGCUCCAUCAGAGGAAGCAACUUCAAAAGAAUCAUCUCCACCAAAAGUUGAAGAUAAACCAAAGGUAGAGGAAAAAGCCCCAAAAGUAGAUCCUCCCAAGAUGCAAGCACCAAAGCCAACUGCACCAUCAAAAACAUCCCCUUCAGAACCACAGCUCCCUCCAAAAGAACGAGAGCGGCGGGUGCCAAUGCCAAGGCUCAGGAAGCGUAUUGCAAACCGUCUUAAGGAUUCUCAGAACACCUUUGCAAUGCUGAGUACAUUUAAUGAAGUUGACAUGACCAAUUUGAUGAAGCUUCGUUCUGAUUAUAAAGAUGAAUUUGUCACAAAGCAUGGUGUAAAAUUGGGUCUUAUGUCUUGCUUUGUCAAGGCUGCUGUUUCUGCACUUCAAAACCAGCCAAUUGUCAAUGCUGUCAUUGAUGGUGAUGACAUCAUAUACAGAGACUACGUAGACAUCAGUGUUGCUGUUGGCACUUCCAAGGGCCUUGUGGUUCCUGUUAUCCGAGAUGCUGAUACCAUGAACUUUGCUGACAUUGAGAAAGGGAUAAACAACCUUGCAAAGAAAGCAACUGAGGGGGCGCUCUCAAUUGAUGACAUGGCAGGUGGAACAUUCACCAUCUCCAACGGUGGUGUCUAUGGAAGCCUCCUCAGCACACCUAUCAUCAACCCUCCACAGUCGUCUAUUCUGGGGAUGCAUUCCAUUGUGCAACGCCCUGUGGUUGUGAAUGGUGACAUCCUUGCGAGGCCAAUGAUGUACCUUGCGCUGACUUACGACCACAGGUUGAUCGAUGGCAGAGAGGCUGUCUUCUUCCUGCGGCGCAUCAAGGAUGUUGUCGAGGACCCCAGGAGGUUGCUGCUUGACAUAUAAAUUCAUGCACCAGCGCUGCGCUGCCCUGCCGGACUGUUUUGUGCAAUUGUGCUUAUCUGGAAAUAAUGCCAUGGAAAUUUUUGACUGAUGAAAAAGAAUUACUUCCUCAGAAAGACGAAAUCUGAGCUGAGGAUACCGAGGUUUUUCUCUAUAUAAUCGUAGAAGAGCAAACUCAACUCAACAUGAGGUCAUGUUUAAUUUUCGGAUCUGAGAUGUUCCAUUACGGGAUGCAGUUCCCACAAACAGUCAUUUUAUUUAAUAUGCAAGAGCAAUAGAGCUGCUGCAUUUUUGUUUGUUGGUUCA